AUAUUCGUCUUGACGUUUUAUGAAAUCGAGUAUUUGAAAUCGAAUAGUCGAUAUAAGUCAAUAUACGCACGCAUUAGCCAGAACAAGAGAUAGGCUUUCCCUGCUUUUCUCGGCCAGCUGGUGUUUGAGACGCCAGACAAGCUGGGACUGUGCAAAAGGAGAACGCCAACGCCAAAGGCUAAUUGACACAAGACACAUUACAUUUCCAACAAAAUCAAACAACGCUGUGUGCUGUCACUAUUAAAUAUAAAAGUGGCCUGAUAUAUUUGCUCAAAUCGAAAUACUAUUCGAACAAAUCUCCCCGGCCCUAGGCCGUAUCGGAAAAGUGCAUACAAAGUGAACAUUGAUUUUUAGCCAGUGUUUUCUUCGAGUACCACCAGAACAGCAGAAAAAAGAGCAACAAGAUGGUGCAAAAGUUCCAAUCUCCUGUGAGGGUCUACAAAUAUCCCUUCGAACUGGUUAUGAAGGCGUACGAGCGUCGUUUUCCCACCUGUCCCCAGAUGCCCAUUGUGUUGGACUGCGAGAUUAUUAAGGACGAGUCAUUGGAGAAUGGGGCUAAGCGGAACACAAGCAGGCGCUGCAAGCUGGCGGUGGAUGCGCCGUACAUUUUUAAGAAGCUAAUCGGCGUAGAUUUCGUGUUUUUCCUGCAGCACAAUUACCUAGACAUGGGAAACCGCACGCUGAGUAUUGAGGCGGUAAACGAAAGCUUCUCCUCACGCAUCGAGAUCUUCGAGAGGUGUCGCUACUACUCCCAUCCUGACAAUUCUGAAUGGACGUGCUUCGAUCAGACGGCCACGUUGGACAUUAAAAACUUUUUUGGCUUUGAGCAUUCCAUGGAAAAGAUGGGAAUGAAACAGUACACCCAGACGACGCUCAAGGGUAAGGAGAUAAUUGAGUACUUCAUUAGCCAGCUACGUGAGGAGGGUAUCACACAUGUGGACCGCUGGACACCACCGGCCGACGCUCCAAAGUCACCGGUCCUGGACCACGUUCCAGAUCAGCAUCAUGACAUUUUGCUCGACGGUGACUUCAUCGCUCGCAGUCUAGGGCAACUCACGCCAAUGCAGGAGUCCAAGCUGCUGGAGCCGAAAAUGCUUGAUGGUGUCGAUGACGUGGAGCGAUCGCCCAGUUAUCAGACCAUCCUGCGUUUCUUGGCAGCCAGAGACUGGCAUGUUAGUCAGGCCUUCGCCAUGCUCUGCGAUUCGCUCCGCUGGCGUCGUGAGCACCGCAUCGACGCCCUGAUGGAGGAGUACACCAAGCCAGCUGUGGUUGUGGAGCAUUUCCCGGGCGGCUGGCAUCACCACGACAAGGACGGACGGCCCGUAUACAUUCUUAGGUUGGGCCAUAUGGAUGUCAAGGGCCUGCUGAAGUCACUGGGAAUGGAAGGCCUGCUGCGUUUGGCUUUGCACAUUUGCGAGGAGGGCAUACAGAAGAUCAACGAGUCCGCGGAGCGCCUUGAGAAGCCUGUGCUCAACUGGUCCUUGCUCGUUGACUUGGAGGGGCUGUCCAUGCGUCACUUGUGGCGACCCGGUAUCAAGGCUCUUCUAUACAUCAUCGAGACAGUGGAGCGCAAUUACCCAGAGAAUGGCCGUGUUCUGGUAGUGCGUGCGCCAAGAGUUUUUCCCAUUGCUUGGACUAUUGUUAGUGCGUUCAUCGACGAACACACCCGCUCUAAGUUUUUAUUCUAUGGGCCCGAUUGCGUUCACAUGAAGGAUGGUCUGGCGCAAUAUCUCGAUGAGGAAAUAGUGCCAGAUUUCUUGGGAGGACCAUGCAAGACCAUGAUACAUGAGGGCGGACUAGUUCCCAAAUCGCUAUACAAGAUGAACUCGCUAGAAGAGGAUCAUGACGACGACGUGGCCGCCGUUGAGUUGCAAGCCACUGCCAGUGCUGCCGAGGCACUUGUUCCAGCCAAGCGCCUGUCCACAAUUAUUCAGCACGACCAUAAUAACUUAUACAAGAGCGUAGAGCUAAAGGCGGGCUUCAGCCACGAGCUGCUUAUCCGGAACGAAGACCCAAAGAGCGUAUUGACAUGGGACUUUGAUGUAAUGCGCAAUGACUUACACUUCACACUAUACCGAGUCACCCAGGAGCUGCCGGAGAAGAAUGAUGCCGCCGUGUCGUACUUUGAUCUGCAAGACUUCGUUGAGGGCGUCAACUAUUUCCGGGAAGAGCCCACACUUAUUUGCCGACACAAGGAGAGCGUCCAGGGCUCACAUGUGAUGCACCACAACGACAGCUAUAUAAUGCACUGGUUCAGUCCCUCGGGAGCACAGUUGAAUGUCUUUUACGAGGUACUCAGCUCUGUCAACUACAAGGGCUCCAUGACAAGCCUGCAAUCGGCCUUCUCCUCAAACUCGUCAGCGGCCAGCUCUGUCCAGAGUCGAUGAUAUGAGACGAAGGAAGAGGGUGCGGCAAAGGGCGGCACCGAUGGACUGUCUUCUCCAUUGGGGGAGCCAGUGGAAGCGGAUAUGCUAUCUGGCACGCUGAUAGAAAAGAGCGUUAAUCUUUCCGACACCCUUGAUAUUUUUUUUAAGAGGAAAAGUGGCAAUCUCUUCAUUCUAGAUUAUUUUUGUUUAAUUUAGCUAAAUGUUUUUUUUUUAAAGAAAUUUAUUUAGUCAGUUUAUUAUAUUUUUAAUAUUUAAAAUAAUGUUCAUGUAUUGUUUGGCUGUAGAUAAAAAGUUCAAAAUGUUUCCCUUUGGAUUAAAGUUUGAAAAAAAUUGUCUAAUGCAUUAGGAAUUCAAAUUAUGACUUUAAUUUUUAAUGUUUAAAUAAGAAAAGCAUUACGAAAACGAUUAUUUAAAGGAAUAAGGUAAAAUGUAAUGUAUCCCGGAGAUAAGCAUUUCUGUAUCACUAUCAGUUUUUAUUCCCGAAUCGAACAUAUAUUGUAAAAGAAAAAUUGUAAUAUUUUGUUUGCUUAGUGUACUACCGUAAUACUAGCUAGUAAGAAUUUGCGUACCUCUUUUAAAACAUUUGUAUAGGUAAAUUCUGGCUAUAAGAUUGCAACGAACUGAUGGAGGUAUUUCUGACAUAUUUAGCAUUCUCAUAUUUAAGGAUUAAAUUGAUUGAAAAGUCGGACAGUAGUUUUGUACAAGACCAGAUAUGCGAGUUAAGAAACGAAAAAAAAUUUAAAUAUUGACAGAAACCAUUCUAUUGACAUUAAAAAAGAUAUAUGCUUUCAAAGAGGUAAAUACAUAUGAAGGUACAUAUAUCCUUGGAAACCAGUGCAACUCACUCUAGGCGGGGAUGUCGAAAUUUUAAACCUUGUUUUAAUCCGUCAAUUAGUCCAUUUUAGCUAAUACAUUUAUAAAACCAACAAAAUUUUAUUUAAUAUUGUAGUUUAUACAAAUUUUUUAACAAUUGUCAAAAAGGAAUUACUCCACAUGUUCGCUAUACUAACCGAUGAACGCUAAUAAUAGGAUUUAUAUAAAUAUAUUUAUCAAUGACUACGUGUUACCUAAUUAGUUUAACCUUCGGAAAUAGAGAACCUUAGUUUGGACUAAAAAUUAGCUAAAUAAGCAAAAUCGUUGUAUACUAUUUAUAAGAUAUAAAAUAAUCAAUAGCGUGACAAGCGAUCGUCUAUACAAAUAGCCAAUAACGAAAAUAGAGAACAUUGCAUGUUGACUAACUGUGUAAGUUGUAAUAAGAACACAAUCAAUAAAGCCAAUAAGAUUAA